UGGCUUCAGUUGCUGGUUCUAGAUCAACAGACGGAGUGUUUAGGUCCUUCACUCAAGAUAUCCUACAUCAACAUGAGCCAGCCGAGUUUCCAAGAUCAAGGCGCCACAAAGACUCUGACCAGUGGUCAAGCGCCCUACCAGCCCCCCACCUCCCACAGGUCCUACACACAGUACAGCGGCUACGCCAUGCCAGUGGUUAGCAUGGGCGGUGCCAGCCUCACGGCCAUCAAGUUCGUCGAUGACGUCAGGCCGCAGGAGGUGAUACCUAUGGGCCGACCCCAGAAGCAACCGCCCCGCCCCUACAACAACCCGCUCACACAGAGAUACGUCCCCCCUGGGGCCAGAACACUGGACUACGUGCAUGAGGGGGGCGUCUUCAAGAAGAUCAGCCCCCAGAUUGCGGGCUCCUACACCGUACACCCUGAUUGGGUGUCCGAACAGCGCCACCCCAUCCAACCCGUCCAAUCAAAACCGUCGUCAUAGACGCCACGUGACUUCCGGUCUAGGAUUUCUUGGUGUGACAGAUGUAUGUAUGUGUGUAUGUAUGUAAGAUAGUACGCUAUUUCUUUAGAGAUUUACUUUUUAUAUAAUCCGGCCAUUAUACAGGUGUGAGGAAGGUUUUUUAAAAAGAUGGAAUUAUAAAACCCGCAAGUCAGCGGGUUACCAGAACAAUUUGCUGACUUCUGGGUACACGUGAUUUCAGGUUCACCAAUUCAGUAUUAAAAUGUACAUAUCGCACGUGUAUGUUGUAUGCGUGUCGGCUUGUAGUAUGUGCUUGUAGGAUGCUAGUAAUUAUGUAUGUGUGUGUAUUGUUGAUGAAAGCAAUCAAUACUUGCAUACUUGUAUUUCUAAUGUAAAUAUCUAUUGUUAAUAAAAUUUUAUAAUUAUAUAUUGUGUACUGUAUAUUGUAAAAUAAUGUAAGACAGAAAUGGAAUAAAGUUUA